AUGUCUACACCUACCUUGACAGGUGAUCAAGAUGCGGAGAAACAAGAAGUUAUCAAAGGAGCUCAGAUCGAACAUGGUCAUGCGGAUCAACAUCCUCUAGCUCAAUUGAGUAAUGUAAGAAAAAAUGUUCUGUUGUUGGUAUUCUCCAUCGCCGCAUUUACCGAUAUCUGUAAUAUCUCCGGAGUAGGUGUUGCAGUCGCUCAAAUCUCCGUCGAUAUCCAUUUGAACAUCUCUCAAGUGGUUUGGAUCAUCACAUCGUAUUCCCUGUGUUUUUGCGCUUUCCUUCUUUUCGCGGGUCGUCUUUCCGAUCUUUUCCCAGCUCAAAUAGUGUUCAUGGGAGGAUUUGUCGGAUUAGGAAUAUUCUCUUUGAUCACUUCUUUUGUCAAUCAUAGCAAAUAUGGGUUUUUGAUUUUAAGAGGUUUAGGAGGGAUUUGUGGAGCGAUGACUAUCCCUUCGUCGUACCAUCUAGCCGUACACAUGUUUCCUGACCCAGAGAUCCAAAAACAAAAACUUGGUUUACUCGGUUUAUCAGGAGCUAUCGGUAAUGUUCUCGGACUUAUCAUCGCUGCGGCUUGUAUGAUCAAAUCAUAUGUUUGGUUCUUCCGUCUUGUCUGCUUCAUGUGCUUCUUUUUCACCGGCCUCGCAUUCCUCCUCCUUCCUUACACCGGUUCAUCCUACUCCCAUUCCAACGAUAAAACUCCCAGAUACAAACGAAUGGACAUCAUCGGUGUGAUCCUCAUGAUGCUCACUCUCAUCUGUUUCAUCCUUGCCCUCACCCAAGGCCCUAUCGACGGUUGGAAAGCGGCUUCAUUCAUAGCUCCCUUCAUCCUAUCUUUCCCACUCGGUAUCGGUUUCUUCUUCUGGGAAUCCCGUAUAGAUCCUCGAUCAGCAUUGUUACCUUCUACAGUAUGGAAAAUUACCAACAUGCUUUCUUCCUCUUUGGUCAUCCUCGUACCUAUGGCAUUCUACGCUACCUCUCAAUUACAAUAUGCGAAUUAUUUCCAAUUGGUACGAGGAUGGUCACCCAUUCAUUCCGCCGUCGCUAUUUUACCUCAAGGAAUAACAUCUUUGAUCGUCGGUGGAAUAGUUUCUGCUGCUUUCCCAAAAGUCAUCUCAACUCCUCGAAUCACCAUUCCAGUAGGAGGAACUUUGAUCAUCAUCGCUGAAAUUCUUCAAUCUCAAUCAAACGGUGGAUUAGGAAAUGAUUAUUGGAGAUUCUGUUUCCCAGCGUUUGUCAUAGGUUCUGCAGGAGCCAUUUUGUUAUUCUUCGCUUCAGCUAUUAAUCUCAUCACUUAUUGUCCUCCUGAAAUGGCGGGUGUAGCAUCAGCUUGGACACAAGUUGUUGCUCAAGUAGGUGGAUCAGUAUGUUUGGCAGUACAAGCUGGAAUGGAAACGAAUUUAGCGGUUUGGAAACAAAGUGGAGCAAGAGCUUUUUACUUUUUACUAGCUUGGGCAGCCGUACUUUGUUUCCAAUUCCUGAUAUUCUAUAAAACUCCAGGAACACCAGCGGAAGAACAUGAUGCUACAAGAAAGAGGAUAGCAGCUUCGGGUAAAGAUUUAGGGGUGAUAUCUUCGGUUGAUGAACCUGUGGAGAAGUGA